AUGGCAUCGUGGAAAAUAGGGCCGGUUAUUGCAUGCGGAAUACUUGGUCAAGGCUGGCUUCCCCCUGGUGUGAUCAGCAUUGUUAAUGGUCAUGGUCGAGAAGUAGGUCAAGCCUUGGUGUCACAUCUAGGUAGAAGCAAGGUUGCUUUCAUAGGUAGUAGUAGCCGUAGUACAUCGGUUGCCAAACAGAUUAUCAUGCGCGCUGCGUUAGUCAACUUGACCCUAGUCACACUCGAAACUGGUGGCAAGUCUCCAUUGUUGGUAUUCGAGGAUGUAGACCUGGAUCAGGCGGCCAAGUGGGCAUAUAUCGGUAUCAUUCCCCCCCAAAAGUCAGAUUUGCACCUCGACCAGCAGGCACAUUGUACACAAGAAGGUGGAACAGAAUUUUCUCAGCACAUUCAAGCAGGUGAUCGGAAGAAGUAA